AUGGGAGAUAAGCCUUCCGACACUCCAAUUCCUGAUGGGUGGAAGUUCAAGAGUGAGGUCCGAAAGGACGGAUCCACAUCCUCGUGCUACUGGUGUCCAGCAACUGGACAGCACUUUUUCACUUACGAAGAUCUUAUGCGAUAUGUGACCUAUGCCAAGGGGGCCAAGCUUUCAAUAUAUGCCCCAGAUUUUAAUAGCAAUAAGAGUCGGAAGAAAGCUGGCUUCAUACCAAGGAGGACCCGACCUAGCUCUGGAGCUAGAAGAAAGCUUUUGGGUCAGAGCUCUAGGCCACUGCCUUUGGAUCAGUGUGAGGAUAGUGGUAGCUUGGAGGGAAGCACUGACCCAGUAGAGAGCACUGAUACAGGCAAGAACAUCGAAGCUGGCCUCCAUGAAGCAUUGGAAGACCCGAUUAGGCAAGAAGUCUUCAAUGAAUAA